UGAAAGCAUGGGUUGACUGCUACAAAGCAAGUUGGAACAUCUUGUCUGGACCCUACAGAACAUACUGCAGCCCAUGUCUUGCUGUUUUAUUCACCUCUGUUUGUUUGUUUGUUUGUUUUUUCUGGUUUUAAGUGUGCUAAACACCAUUGUAACAGUGUUCUCCAAGUGUUGAGUUGAGAUGAAUUGCUAAAAUAACUUUUAUGUUUUCCUGUUAUAUGAAAUCUUUAUUUAACAUUACACUCUGACAAUAUCACAAUUCAUUGUUAAUUGAUUGAUGUUUACAGUCCUGCAGAAAUAUCACUGUCCAUGGCACUGAAUCCAUCAGAUUCUUGACAAGAACUCAGAAAGCAUGACAGCAAACAGGUUGCUUAUUUUUGGUAUUUUGGGUCAACACUUCAUAAAGUAAUGGCUAAACUUUCUUUAAGAUGUUUUAUAAAUAAAUUGUGCCUGUUGAGCUGAAUCUCAGGAAUAAGAUUCAAAGAACUACAUUUCCCAGAGUGCACCAGCAGCAGAAAUCCAGCUGUUUGUCAUUGUCACUGAUUUGGAGCACCUGUUAAAGACAUGGAGUUCCUCAGUCAUGGAGGCAAACAAACUUCAGAGAGAAGAAGCUCCAAGUUCAUUCGUAGGUUCAGUCCAAAGACGCCAAUGGUUUACAACCUAAUUCACUGAGCUAAUUCACUGAGCUAAUUCACUGAGCAGAUCAAUCAACUGACAAAGCCAAAAGAAAAUAAAAGUGAUCGAGUCAGAAAUUUGAGUUGUCCUUGUGUCCUUUGGAUGGUGAACAAGAGUUGGACUGUACAGUUGUAAACCACGCGGAGCGGCCUGGCCCUGAGGAUAAACGGCUUCAGAUCCAGUAAUAAGCUGUUGACGCAGAGGAAGUCAAGAUGGCGGAAGAUGUCCUGGGGAAGUCGGUCCAGCAGCUCAAAAAGGAGAGGACCAUUGCAAAAAGCAGCUUCACCAGACAAGCCAACUUCAUUUCAAGAGGAGGAAGCAGUAUGCUUCAAGUGGAGUUAGAGGAGGAAUUCACAAAGCUGUCAGACUGUUUCAGAAAGAUGCUCGAUGCCAAUGAUGACUACAGGAUUGGACUGGAGGCAGAUAUUAAGACUGAGGAUGAGAAAGCAGGUCUUGAUGAACAGCAAGAAGCCGACCUUGAUAGAUCUGUAAAUGAAGGCGAAACAAAGUUGGCGGAAAUAAGGAACAUUGUUCAAACAAACCUGUGGUCGAGGUAUGGAAGGAGUGAACUUCUUGUGGCAAUCCUGGAAGCAGAAAAAGGCAAUGAUAAAGCGGCUGAUGUGGCUGUGAAAAGUGCCAAUUUAGAGGGCUAUGAAGUGCACCUUGCUCUCUUGGACAAGAGAAUAAAAGAGGCCAUCUCCGCAAUGUCAACAUGGGAAAGAUGGAUCCCUGUUGAAUUAAAGGAUGAAUUAGAUGGAAGAAUCAAGGAUGUAAGAGCAUCCUAUUACAGGCUUGAGGUAAGGAAAGCUGAAUUUGCCACUGCACGGACAAUCAACGAACAAGGCACAGGACCAUUACUACCCCAACUGCCAACAUCCAUUCCAAUAGUGAGAAUCAAGCCAACCUCUCUACCUAUUUUCAAUGGAAGUAAGAGAGAUUAUCACAGAUGGAGGAAAGACUGGGAAAGCCUGCAAAAGCAGGGAGAGCCAUCCGGAUCAACUGAAGUUAAGAAAAUUCAACUCCUGGAGAGUGUGGAUGACAAAAUCUCAAAAGACCUCAGACUUUCAACCUACACCACUGCCAAUGACAUGUUUAGAGUCCUGGAGAACAGAUAUGGAAAUAGGUCAACCAUCACAGUGGAAAUCCUUGAAGAGCUUGAGAAGAUGGCACAUGUGAAAGGGAACCAGCCAAGGAAGGUAAUUGAUCUCAUACAGUCAGUCGAGAAGGCCCUAGCAGAUCUUACAGAGUUAGGAAACUCUGGAGCUAUAAAUAACCCACUGGUAAUUAAAACCAUUGAAAGUAAGUUGCCUGACUUUAUUAAAAGAGAUUGUUUCUGGGUUCAACCAUGAACAUCACCCAAUGUCACAUCAGACAACCACUUUGUCAUGCUCUUGAAGUUCCUGAAAAGUCAAGAAGAGAUACUAGAGAGACUCGAACAGCUCAGAACUGUGGAGAAGGUGGAGAAAUUAGAUCGUUCAGACAAGAGGUAUGACCGAAAGAUCGCCUCAACAAAAACCACGAAGAAAGAAGAGUUUGAUGAAGUAUGUGGUGUCUGUGGUGAUAGAGGGCAUAACAACAAAAUCUUCUUCUGUAGAAGGUUCAAAAGACUUAAGCUACAUGAAAAGAAAACUGUAUUGAGAAAGCUGGGAGCAUGCAGAAAAUGUCUCGGAUGCCAUGAUGAAGAUGGGUACUGCAGAGACACUUUCCUAUGCAGAAAUAAAGACUGUAAAAGGGAAGGUGGUGCUGUAGACCACCAUUUUUUCCUCUGUCCAAA